CUCUGUGGCCUCCGUACUCUGCAGGUGUUGCCUAGAAACUGCUGUUCAGCUAAAUCAAAACACUGCUAAGCAGCUCAGGCUAAUGGAUUUCAAGUUGCUACAUCUGGGGACUGUUUUCAUCAAAACUUGAGUCAAAAAAAAUCUAGUGCAGUGUGACAGAAGCAUGUCCAGCAGUGUGGAUCGGGCCGCUGGCCGCAGGUUGCUGGCCUUUCUGCGUGAGUGGGACCGGGGCAGUGAGCGGGUCCGCCGGAGAAUGCUGCAGACCUUUCUGUCCCAAAACACUGGAAAAACCAGUCCAGAACUGGAGCUGGAGUUCAGUCAGGCGGCCAGCCUGUUCCUCACUCGCAUUACUGUCUGGAUUAGACUCACCUACAUGUUUGGUACCAGCCUGGAUCUACAGCUGAAAGCUCUGGGAGUGUUCCUCUCGGCUGCUGGAGGUCGUCAGUAUCUGAUGGAGUUCCUGGAGGUGGGAGGUGUGCUGACCCUGCUGGAGAUACUGGGUCAGAAGAAGACCAAGGAGCGAGACAAGGCCCAGGCUCUGCGUUUGCUGCUCAUCAUCUCCGACGCCGGACACCGCUAUAAAGAGCUCAUCUGUGAGAGCUAUGGUGUGAGGGCUGUAGCCGACUGUUUGGCUCGGUCUAAAUCGGAGGAGACGCAGCUGUCAGCAGCGGUCCUGCUGGAGUCGCUGGCUCAGGGGAACCCCUCGUUCCAGCAGCAGGUGUAUAAAGGCCUGAUCGCUCUGCUCGCUUGCAGCUGCCCCAAAGCCCAGCAGCUCGUUCUUCAGACGCUGCGCACAGUACAGUCUGUUGUAAAAUCAGCUUAUCCUGGUAUUGUGGAGCCCUUGCUGAAUUUAUUACAUUCUUUACAUCAAGAGGUGCAGCAUGAGGUAAUAGAGCUGAUCUCAGAGCUGCAGCAGACUGAGGUCAGAACUUCACUCCAGCGUUCUCUGAUCACUCUGCUGAAACCGUCCAGAGAGAGAAAUCUCAAAUACAAGAUCCUACAGGAUCCAGAGAUGAUGAAGAUGACAGACUCGUUACCACUCUUUGUACAGCAAGCUGCAGCAGCUAAAGCCCUAAGGAUUUUGGCUCAGAGCAGCCAGAGAACAUCUGAAGAACUGAUCCAUCUUGGAGUGGUGCAUCAAUUACUGUAUGCUAUGGGUAAUCAGGAGCAUGAAGACGCUCAGAAACAAGCUAGUCUGACUUUGGAGCACUUUGUGCGCUCAGAUCCAGUGGUAGAGGAACAUGUGCAGCGAGCUAUGGGACCGGCUCUGUUUGGAUCAUUCAUGAAAAACGCUGAGCUGCUGUACACUAGGAUGGAUGAUGUUGAGGCCGAGAUUCUACUGUCAAACAAAGUGAACAUUUCUAGAGAACCUGAAGAGCAGAAUGCAGAAUCCUAAACAUCACACUGAACAGAAGUGGACUGACUUGUUAUCCAUACUGAUUUUGCCCUUUUAAAUCAUAAUAAAAAGAAAGUACUUAC